AUGCCCAGGGUAGGUCAUUUCACGAAGAAAGCCCGUGUAGACACAGCAUGUCAACAGCCUCAAGUAGGAUUUGAUGCAGCCUCAACUUCCCAGAGAGCGGAUUGCCCAAUUCUGCCAUCCAAUGGCAGUGGUGCCCCUGCAUCUUCACGCCGAGACUUAGACCUAGAGGCAGAUGAGGUAGAUUCUUUUGACCAACAUGUUGAUAACCUUUUUGCUGCAUCGGAUGCUCAGAAGCGCAAGGAACGCAAGACCACAGAAUUUUGGGAUGUUAAAACAAUUGAAUUCGAUGGCACAAUUAAACAGAUUAAACUCAGUGUGAAGGAAGCUAUGAAGCCACCUAAUGGAAGAAAGAUCCUACUCAGGUUUAACAGUACACUACAACCAGUUGGGGAUGAAGCAGGUCUACUGAGUGGCGUUAUGGGACUGCUGGGAUCUGACUACACUAAAUUUCCAAUCUGCGAGAAGGACUGGAGAAAGGUUCACACCAGGGACAAGGUCUAUAAUGAAUCUGUAAAGGAAAUGUUCCAUUUUGAAGAAGAUAGUAGAGGAAUUAUCAAGCGUAUAAUAUUCAAAAUGCUAGGAAGAGCUUGGAAGGAAACGAGGAACAUAUUAUACCAUCACUGCUAUGACCCAGAACUUUCACUUGAAGAAAAUAUUGAAAACCACCCAGAUAGAAUUACUACGGACCAUUGGAGAUGGUUUCUCGAUUAUCAUAAUAGCGAAGAGACACAGGAGAAGUGUAAGAAAAAUGUUGAGAAUCAAUCGAAGCAGCAUUACACCCACACCGGCGGAUCGAAAAGCUUGGCAAGGCUCGGAGAAGAAGAAAAUGAUUUGCUUGCUCAAGCUCUCAGAAAGGAGCACUCGGGUAGGGUGUGUGGCAUGAGGUUGGGGCCGACUUCUAGUCAAGUCUUCGGUAUGAAUUCCCAUCAGCCGAGCAAUGGUUUUAAAAGAGAGGAGACCCAAAGGGUGCUUCUUGAACUACAAGCAGAGUUGGUAGCAGAGAAAUUGAAAAGGAAAGCAGUGGAGGAUGAAGUAGCAGCUGGGAAGGUCAGGAUGUGA